AUGAUCGGUUCCAAUCAAGCUAUGGCUUCUACUCGUGUGGAGAGUGCAAAGAUUGAGGAGCCUCCACCACCACCACCUGCACCUCCAGCGCCUCCGGCACCUCCAGUGCCUCCAGCACCUCCAGGACCUUCAACACCUCCAGCUCCUCCAGUGGAGCCUGAGAAGGAGAAGGAAUCACCGAAAAAGGAACCUGAAGUGACGAAGAAUAUCAUUGAGGAACAUGCUAUCGUUGAGCAACCACCGAGUGAAUCGCCCAUCAGGGAGGAGCCUAUGGCGAAAGAGCAAGAAGAACCUGAAGAAGUCACCAGGCAGAAAUCAGUUGAAGCUGAAGAGCCAGAACCAACGUCGGAGCCCGUCAGUGAAGAACAACCAAGUCCAUCGAAGAGCAAACCGAGUGAAGAAGAAGAACAAGAAGGAGCGAAAGAAGAAGAGCAGGAAAGCCCCAGUAAAGGAUCGAUAGCAAGUCAAACUAAGCGAGCCAGCAUUGAGAAGCCGUUACCGACCAGUUUAUCAAACAACGACACAACUUGUAAGCGAGAUUCUUUGCGAAGCGAGGAAUGCAGAAAAGAGUCGGGUCCAUUGAUAGUAUCGGACGUAUCCAGUUCAGAAGCUUAUGAAGACGAACCCAGCACCUCUACGGCUCAGUGCCCUUCUACAUCUACUGGACCAAAAAUUUCACCAUCAACGAGUGCUGCUGAACUUCCAAAAGAUUCGGAUGAUGAGGAAGAAGAAAGUAGAUUCGGCUACACUCAGGGUAAACUGAAGCGGAAAUAUGGGCAUCUAAGCGGCGACGUAUUACUGGUAUCAUGUGAACGAGUUCCCGAAGCAGGACUGGGUAUAUCGUUGGCUGGGAAUCGUAAUCGUGAAAAGUACAACACAUUCGUGCUUUCCGUGAAAGUACAAUGUCCGCUGACUGUACGGGCGGGAGAUGAACUGCUAGAGGUCAGCUUAUGA